GCAGCACAGACGCCUACUACAUAUAUAUAUAUAAUAGUAGGAUCCGUUUUCUAAGAACCCUGAACCCUAGGCCUCCUCGCUGCUCUUGCCCUCUUCCUUGCCCCUGCCACAACACAGCGGCUCGACUCGCAUCCCUUGGCUUCGUGCAUCUGGACUUGUUGGAAUAUAUCUGAAGCCAUGGGUCUGGUUUUGCACUGUCCUCCAAACAAGAAUGCCUUCAAGGUGCUUAUUGCUGCAGAAUAUUGUGGUGUAAAGAUUGAUCUAGUUAAGGAUUUUCAAAUGGGUGUAUCAAACAAGACCCCAGAAUUUAUCAAGAUGAAUCCCAUGGGGAAGGUACCUGUGCUUGAAACACCCGAUGGUCCGAUCUUUGAAAGCAACGCCAUUGCGCGUUAUGUGGCCAGAUUGAAUCCUAAUGCACCCUUAUUUGGUUCUUCUGCUAUUGAAUAUGGCCAGAUUGAGCAAUGGAUUGAUUUUUCUGCUACCGAAAUCGAUGCAAAUAUUGGAAAUUGGUUGUUUCCGCGACGUGGUUACCGUGUGUAUCUUCCUCCGGCUGAGGAGGCUGCAAUUGCUUCCCUCAAACGAGCUCUAGGAGCUUUAAACACCUACCUUGCGUCUAAUACAUAUUUGGUUGGACAUGGUGUUACACUUGCCGACAUUGUUAUGGUAUGUGUCUUGGUGUCUGGGUUGACAACAAUCAUGACUAAGAGCUUUACAUCGGAAUUCCCACAUGUGGAGCGAUAUGCUUGGACAUUGGUUAAUCAGCCAAAUUUCAAGAAGAUAUGGGGUGUUGUUACGCAAACUGAAUCUGUUCCACCUGUCGAAUCAAAGAAGCCUGCACAGGCAAAAGAACCUGCCAAACCUAAGCCAAAGGAGGAGAAAAAGGAGGUCAAGAAACAAGAAGUUAAGCCCAAAGUAGAGGAAGAAGAAGAAGCUCCUAAGCCAAAGGCAAAGAAUCCUUUGGAUCUUUUGCCUCCUAGCAAGAUGAUUCUUGAUGAAUGGAAGAGGCUUUACUCUAACACCAAAACCAAUUUCCGUGAGGUUGCCAUAAAAGGGUUUUGGGACAUGUAUGAUCCAGAAGGCUAUUCUCUUUGGUUCUGUGACUACAAGUACAAUGAAGAAAAUACUGUGUCAUUUGUCACUCUGAACAAGGUGAGUGGUUUUCUGCAGCGAAUGGAUUUGGCACGGAAGUAUGCAUUUGGGAAGAUGUUGGUUAUUGGUUCUGGGGCUCCAUACAAGGUGAAGGGGCUGUGGCUCUUCCGCGGGGCUGAAAUCCCCCAAUUUGUGCUCGAUGAGUGCUAUGACAUGGAGUUGUAUGAUUGGACAAAGGUGGAUAUCAAUGAUGAAGCGCAGAAGGAACGCGUGAAUCAGAUGAUUGAAGAUGCAGAGCCUUUUGAGGGUGAGGCCUUAUUGGAUGCCAAGUGCUUCAAAUGAAGAGGAACAAUAUAAAAUGUGCGUACUUAUUCCAUCCAAUGUCUUUAUUUGAUGAAACUGCAUUUUGUUUUUUGAAGUCCUUUUGGGCGGUGGACUUUUAACAGUUAUAUACGUAGCGGCGCACAUGUUAAGUUUGGGAAGUUCAUUUCUUA